UUUCCAGCUAUACAGGAUUAAGAAUUUUGUACUCUUUGUUUGAAAAAUAAUUGAACCCUUAAAACUUGAAAGUGAAACAUUGAUAGAUGCUGAGGUUGGAACGGAAAUCCAACUUGAACCUGGAAACAAGUUGUAAUCACCCUAGUCUGCACCAAAAAAUGGAACCCUACUUCCCUUUGCCUGCCUUUCCUGUUUAGCCAUAUUGUUCUUUGCAUGGCAGUUGUCAAAGUGUCCUCAUAAUCCCAUCAUUAAAACCCAAAAAAAAAAAAAAGAAAUAAUGUAAAAGUCUUUUUUUAAAGUGGAAUAAAACAGAUGGUUCUUUUCAGUUUGAAACCUGGAGCUCUUUAUCUUCGCAUAUAGUGCGGUGAACCAACGAUCAACUCAUGUGGUCCCUUUUGUCACAGUUCAUACGUCAAAUUUUCAAACAUCUAAUCUUAUUUUUUCAUGCAUAAUUGCAAUAUGGUUUACUUGAAACCUAUUUAUAAAAGAUAUGAGUUGCAUGAAACCGUCCCACCAAUUGGGUCUACAGCUGUUGUUGAUUAAAUGCUUGUUUUACUUUGUGCCAAUUACCCAUUUGACUUGAACUCGUAUGGUUUAAGUGUCCAGUGUCAACCUUUCAUUUUGUUUAGUUGGAUUGCUUCAAGUUAUAUAUAUUUUUUUCUAACCAAAUCUUGGCUGCUUAUGCAGAAAAUUGGGACGUGUGGGAAGAGGAACAUUGAGAAUUCUAUUUUUGCAAGUUGAGGCUUUCUAUUCUCAAAUUUUGAUAAAAAGGCCAUGAAAACUAGGUGGGGAAAGCGUUCUGAGGCCUUUUGGCCAUCCAUUGUGAUGAAGAAAUGGUUGAAUAUAAAGCCAAAGGUGUAUGAUUUUAGUGAAGACGAGGUUGACACUGAAACUGAGAGUGAAGAUGAUGCUUACUCUGUUAAAGAUUCAAGAAUGCGCGGCAGUAAGGAUCAUACCCAUAGGACACUUGGAAACCUAUCUGAAUGCAGAAGCCAAAUUUCAGAUGCACCUUCUAAGGGUUAUCGAUUAAGACACAGGAGGGGAAAAUCAGAAACUCUGCGUGCACAGUACAUAAAUACAAAGGAUGUGAGGGUGACAAUAGGUACUUGGAAUGUUGCUGGAAGACUUCCAUGUGAGGAUCUUGAGAUUGAUGAUUGGCUUUGCACGGAAGAGCCUGCGGAUAUUUACAUUAUCGGCUUCCAGGAGGUAGUCCCUUUGAAUGCUGGAAAUGUACUGGGAGCUGAAGAUAGCAGGCCAAUUCCUAAAUGGGAGGCAAUCAUACGAAGAACUCUGAACAAAUCUUUGGAACCUGAAAGCAAGCACAAAUGCUAUAGUGCCCCACCUUCUCCUGUGUUAAGGACUUCUUCAGUUGCAGAUGUAUUAGUAGAUGAGAUAGAUGCUCUGCCAAUGGAAAUGAUGUGUGAUGAGUAUUUGGAAACUGCUAACGGCUAUGACUUUGAAGGACAAGAUUUGAUUAAAGUUGCUGAUAUUGGACAAAAUUUACAGCUGAAGAGAAUAUAUGGUGUCGAUUGUGACACUAGGUUAGACUGGCCUGAACUUUCAUUAGAUGCAACCCCACAAGUUGUCUCUUCAAAUUCAAAAUUGCGGAGAGUACUGAGCAGCUCAGCAAGAAUUGGCUUUAAUCUGAUAGAAAACUCCAUCUUCUGCAGUCCUCAUGAUGUGCUGUUAAAAGGAAGCAGAUUGAAAAGAUCACACCAUAGCUAUGGAAACCUAGGGUCAAUGUUGGUGCAUGACCGACAGAAGCUAGAAGUUGUUGAUUCUUUCUCUGAGAUAUCUGAUGAGUUUUCAGAAGAGGAGGAUGAUACUUUCUUAGAAGUGCAUAUGGACCAACAUGACAAUGAUAGGGCAAGGUCAUGCCGAAAGUACAUGCGGAUAGUUAGCAAGCAGAUGGUUGGAAUAUACAUAUCUGUCUGGGUGCGAAAGAGGCUGAGGAGACAUGUAAAUAAUUUGAAAGUCUCUCCUGUUGGAGUUGGUCUUAUGGGCUACAUGGGAAACAAGGGAUCUGUUUCUGUUAGCAUGACUCUUUUUCAAUCCAGGCUGUGCUUUGUGUGUUCUCAUCUGACAUCAGGUCAGAAGGACGGAGCAGAACAGAGGCGUAACUCUGAUGUCUAUGAAAUUUUACGACGUACCCGUUUCUCAUCUGUCCUCGAUGCAGAUCAACCACAAACAAUUCCUUCUCAUGAUCAGAUAUUUUGGUUUGGAGAUUUGAAUUAUCGUCUCAAUAUGUUGGAUGUGGAGGUGAGAAAGCUUGUUGCUCUAAAGCGCUGGGAUGAAAUAAUCAACAAUGAUCAGCUUCAUAAAGAACUGCGUAGCGGGCAUGUAUUUGAUGGAUGGAAAGAGGGGGUAAUAGACUUUCCUCCCACCUACAAGUAUGAAAUGAAUUCUGACAGAUAUGUUGGUGAGAUCCCUAAAGAAGGGGAGAAGAAGAGAUCUCCAGCAUGGUGUGAUCGUAUACUCUGGUCAGGAAAAGGCAUAAAACAACUUUGUUAUCAACGAGCAGAAAUAAGACUCUCAGAUCAUCGACCAGUCAGUUCAAUGUUCUUAGUCGAAGUUGAAGUCUUGGAUCAUCGGAAGUUGCAAAGGGUCCUCAAUGUUAGCACUGCUGCUGUCCAUCCUGAGAUUUUCUUUGAUGAAAGUGGAGAAUAAGAGCUUUAGCAGAAACCAGGAUACCAAAUUACUCAGUGAGGCGAAAGACAGGUGUUUCUUCCAGAAAUGCAUUCCAAGAUGGCACAUAAGCAUAUAUAUCAAUAACAUAGAAUUCAGGAAAUACACCAGCUUGCAUUGCCUUCAAGGGAUGACUGCAGGAUUAAGUAAUUCGUAGAGGCAGGAGCCAGGCUAUGUGGUGUGCAUUUAACAACAGCUUUAAAACUUGACUUUAUGGUGGGGUGAAUGUAUAGAGACUAAUAUUCUUUUCUUCUUUUUCCCUUGGCUAGAAUGGCUUAAAAGAGUGAUGUUUUUUUAGUAUAGGAUCUAUUUCUUAGUCAUGCUGUAAUCUCCAUCUGUAUAUUAUAGUCUAGUCGAUUUAAGUUUCUAUUUCUACCUUUUUAAAGGAUUAGUUCUAAUUAUAGACAGUCAUGUUACCUUUACAGUCCUUUUAUAAUGUACAUAAUUCAUGUUCCAGCAUGUCUAGUUACUCUUAUCUCGCUCUUUACUGGUGCAAAUUUUGGAAGCAUUCAAUGUACAUGUGGACUUGUUCCUUAAAAAAAAGGACAGUUUAAGCCAAAAUUUGGUGAUAUUAUAAAGUAAAUUGGCAUUUUCCGAAGUUGU